AUGGAUAAUUGUAAUAUUCUAAGCUGGAAUAUUAGGGGAUUGAAUAGCCCGAAAAAACAUAUUGCUGUUUUAGAUAUUUGUCGUAAGAAUAAAGUAGGGGUUGGAGCUAUUUUGGAGACAAAAAUGAAGGGAAUAAGAGUGCAGGAAUUAAUGACUAAUGAAUUUAGGAAUUGGGACUUUUACACUAGUCCUGUUACGGAGGGAAGAAUCUUGAUCAUAUGGAGGAAAGUAUUUGUCAAGGUUAGUGUUUUAGAGGAGAAUAAUCAAUUUAUUCAUUGUCUUAUUAAAAUGACAGGUCACAAACACCCUUUUAGUGUUACUUUUGUUUAUGGCCGAAACACAUUGGAGGAGAGGAAGGCCUUAUGGCAAGGAUUAUCUCAGAUUGAUCGUCCAGUUUCUUCUUGGAUGAUUUUAGGAGACUUUAAUGCUAUUUUUACAGCAAAGGAUAGAAGUGGGGGAAAGCCUGUUUCUAAGAUGGAGCUCUUGGAUUCUUCUCAGUGGCUUGUUGUGAAUCAUUUGGAAGCUCUAAAAAGCACUGGCUCCUUUUUUACUUGGACUAAUAAUCAAGAUGGAGCUGCUCGUAUUUACUCCAAGACAGACCAUGUUUUUAUAAAUGAGGAAUGGAUGGAUGGGUUUCCUAACACAUUAGCCGUGUAUAAUUGGGAAACAAUUUCAGACCAUUGCUCGUGUAUUAUUUUUGUAAUGACAGUAGAAAAUAUGGGAGUAAAGCUAUUCCGGUUUUACAACUUCUGGGUUGAUCAUGUUAACUUUAAGCAGAUGGUAUUAGACAGUUGGAGGAAGCCAAUGAAGGGGACAGGAGUCCAUUAUCAAAAAGCAAAGGACCAAUAUCAGGAAGCUUUGUUGCUUGUUCAACACCAGCCUAGCAAUCUUACGUUUCAAGACAAGGUUAAGGUUACUGCUGAAAAUUUCAGAAUUCAAGAGCAAAGAGGUAUAAUGGGGAGUCCUAGUUCUGCUUCUAAGGAGUUAAACAAACAGUGUGUUGAGAUGGGUACAAAGCUUUCAUUAGAUCAACAGCUGGACAUUGAUGAUGAAUUUUGUAGAGCAAUAGGUCAAUUUUUUGAGAUAAGUAUCAUACCAGAAGAGCUACUGAAUACUACAUUGUCCUUGAUCCCUAAAGUUGACAAUCCUAAUGGGACAGUGGAUUACAAGCCCAUUGCAUAUGACUUGUUGCUAUUUUGUAAAGGGUCCCUGUCAACAGUUAAAAUUAUUAAGAAUGUGAUUGGGGAGUUUAGCUCUGUGAUAGGGCUUCAAAUCAAUGAGAGUAAGUCUCAGGUUUACUUUGGGGGAGUUUCAGCUGCUGAAAAAAUUCAAAUUUCUGCUGAGUUGAAUCUGUCAGAGGGAUCAUUUCCUCUUAAAUACCUUGGUGUCCCUAUGAGACCUACCAAAUGGAAGCAUGAAGACUGUGAUAUCAUCAUUCAAAAAAUCAAAAUGAGAUUACACACUUGGGCAAGUAGGCACCUGUCUUUUGCUGGCAGAAUGCAACUAAUUCAUUCGGUUCUGUUUGGGCUUAGGAACUAUUGGAUGAGUAUUUUUGUUCUUCCCCAAAGCAUAAUAAAGGAAGUUGAGCGACUCUGUCGUGGUUUCCUAUGGGGAGUUAAUGGCAAUAUGAGCAAGAUUCAUAUGGAUUCUUGGGCAAAGGUCUGUCUUCCUAAAGCAUAUGGGGGGCUCGGAUUUAGGAAUGGACAGAUUUGGAACUAUGCUAUCUUGGCUAAGUAUAUGUGGGCGAUCUCUGAGAAGCAUGAUCUGCUGUGGGUAAAAUGGAUAAAUUCAAUCUAUCUGAAAGGCUCAGACUUCUGGUCCUAUAGGCUGCUUUCGGAUACUAGUUGGUAUUGGAGGAAAUUAUGCAAAUUGAGAGGCAAAUUCAGUUGUGAAGAUAUCAAGGCUGCUGGUUCAACUGAGAAAUUUCAAUAUGCUAUUCUAUACAAUAGUACUCUGAGCCAACAACAGGUUGGUUACUAUAAAGCUGUUUGGUGUAGAUUAUCUUUGCCUAAGUACAGGUUCUUGUUAUGGCAAGUAGUUAAUGCUCAGCUGCUUACUUGUGAUAACUUGCUUCAAUUCAGAGUGCCUCUUGACUCUAUAUUGUGCCCAGUUUGUGGUAGUUUUGAUGAAAGUCAUUCCCAUCUGUUCUUUGACUGUACUCUGUCAAAACAGGUGUUGGAUCAAAUAUUCAAAUGGAUGGCAUUCAGAGCAUGGCCUUAUGAGUUUGAUAGCUGGAGGACCUGGCUCUCUAGUAGAAAUAAUGGCUUCCUUUUUCACAUAACUAACAUGAUAUUAGCAGCUGUAGUUUAUAUCAUCUGGAGGAAUCGCAAUGGUUGUAUUUUUGACAAUUUCUCUAGGACUGCUACCAGUAUAACUUCAGAAGUAAAAUCAUUAAUUCAACAUUGGCUCUACAUUGUUAGUAAGAAGAAGCUAUCUUCCCAGGAGCAAAGAGUUUUAUCACAAAUCACUAUGUAA